GUGCAGCACGCCGUGCACGCCGAGGUGACGGAGGUGAGCCUGGCGGCGCCCCGGCCGGACGGCGAGCGGCGGGCCAACGAGUACGUCGAGACCCCGCUGCAGCACCAGCAGGGCUCGCGCUCCUCCAAGGAGGCCAAGGAGUCCGCGGCGCUGGGCUCCUCCAUCCUGUGCGCCGAGUGCGGGCGCUGCCGCUGCGCCGCGUGCCAGGAGCCGCGGCCGCUGCCGUCGCGGUGGCUGUGUGAGGACACGUGCUUCUGCUCGGCCGAGACGACGCUGGACUACGCCACGUGCCUGUGCUGCGUCAAGGGCCUCUUCUACCACUGCGGCGACGAGGCGGGCGUGUGGUGCGCCGACGACCCCUGCUCGUGCGCGGGCGCCGCGGCGUCGUCGGGCGCGGGGUCGCGGCGGUGCGCGCGGUGGUCGUGCCUGGCGCUCGCCUCCGUCGUGCUGCCCUGCUUGCUGUGCUACUGGCCGCUGCGCGGCGUGGUGCGCGCCACGGAACUCUGCUACGCCCGCUACUGCGACGACGGCUGCCGCUGCGAGCGCAGGCCGAGCAGUGGCGCGGCCAGGACGCACCCCGCCAGGACGCACCCCGCCAACGCCACGGCCCUCCUCACCACGCCGGAGAAGAGGCUGCUGGAUACAGACUGACCGUGCAUAAGUUAACGACCAAAAAGACAGCAAGCGAGCGAGGCCGGUGCCGCGGCGCCGCGGUGCCGCUCCCACCAACGACCCCUGGCCGUCGGACCCUCGUCUCCCUCGUCACCCUCGUCAGCGCUUGCUGCCUUUUUAACAUGUAACCUUGAUUAACCCUGCCAACCUGUAAAACCAAGUCUGUUGAAAAACGUUUCGAUGUUUGCUCAAUGCUCGGCGCGGCUCUUAAGGCGGGGAACAUGAGGGGAACCUUUGAACCUCGGCCACGCGUCAUUCCAUUUCGGACACGGCCUUGAACCACGGCACCUAGGCACGGCGUUGGUUUAAUUUUAUUUCGGACAUUCCUCGUUGACAAGCCAAGUCGCGAAGCUGGCCUAACCUAAUCUCAUUAGAUCUGCUAAAUAGUUUUCGUCUUCGCUAGCCGCUUCGCGCGCGAUGCGUCUCUCCUUUUCCUCCGCUUCCACGCCUCCAGCUUGCCAGCCUGCCAGCUUGUCACUGGAUCUGGAGGCCACUAGGUCACUAGUAGCAAAACAAGAAAGAAAAACGCUGUAAAAUUAUUUUUGUACCAUAGAAUAUUUACAUGAUUUAUUUAUUUAUUUAUUUAAAACGCACUGAAUGACAUUUUUGAGGAAAAAAAGAGCCUUUAGCGCUUUUGUCAAGUAUGACUGUUGCACUUGCUCGCAGUACAAAUUUAGUAAAGAGAGAGUAGGUCAGUCUGGGUUGCUUUGUAAGGCACUUAUGUAUGCACGCUGAGGAGAAUACUUUGCUGUGAUUGGAGCUUUUGUAAAGAAAUGUGUUGUUGGGCCAACUUGGGUGACAUUGUAUCUGCUGUUGUGUUUUGCCACAGUCUAUCUGAGGACCUCUUAGUUUUCCUGAGCUCUUGUGUCUUUGGGGCUGGCGGGCCAGCAACGCAAAGUAUCGCCGGAGCUCAAAGGGUUCAAAGGGAGGAUUGACAAUUCGCAGUGUCAUGUCGCUUGAAGUAAGAAUUGUCAGAUCUGGCAUGCAAACUCCUUGCAGGUAGGAUAAAUAAUUAUUUGCCAUUCUCUCGGCCGUUCAAGACAAGGAAUUUUAAAAUGAUUUUUUUUUUUAGAAAAUUGUUGUUGUUGAUUAUUUUCAUGUUACUUUCUCCUUUUAUUUCUGUGGCACUCCUUGUUUGUUUACCUUUUGCUCAAUUUGCCGCUUGCAAAAGUGUUUUGUAGAUCCUGCAUGCGGUGGACACAAGCUAUAUGUAAUUUUAAGCUUGAUGUUGUUUUUCGUGGUACAAACUUCAUCAUAGUAUUCACUAGUUUUCACCAUAGACUUCCUGUUGUAUCACUGUAAUUAAAAAAGGUACUGUCAGAAUUAAUGUUGAUGUUUAAAACUAUCUAUUCUUGUCAAGAACUCUGGGAUAUCAUAAUAAUUGAUAUUAGUAAAUUUUGCUUGUGCUAGCAAUUGUGAUAAAUCUUUAAUUGUAAAGCCUAUGCCUCUUUUUGGAUAUGUGUAAAAACAAUGCGCAAUGCAUUCUUCAUGAGUUACGCUCAAAUCUUUGUCAUUAACAGAAGCUCAAACUAACAUUCAAGUGAGUGUUUGUUUGUUUCGACUUAAAAGUUCUUUUUUAUUGCGCUAGCGUGACUCAAAUCUUUUGGCUUCUAUUUCUAACUUGUGAAACGUGUUAUAGGAAUGAAUGAGAAAAAUGUAGCAGUUGUCUAAGAGAAUCAAAGAAAACAAUCAGCAUCCAUUUGAUUUGGAACUCUUCUGGGGUGCAAUCAUUAAAUUACUUUGAACUUGACCAUGAUUCAUGAAAUUAAUUUACUUGAAUCAUAGUUGAACAGUAAACAGGGGCCUUUGCUAUCCUCCUGGGAAUCUUGCCAUUUAAAAUAAGCGCCUGUAAACACAACAUGGAAUGAACUGUUGAGGCUCAAUAUUAACUGAAUGUGCAGUCUUUUUCAGUCCUUUUUCGUUGUACAUUGAAUGUGUACAUGGGAAGAACAGUCCGUGUUUUAUAUUUUGCCUUGGAAGUCUUGGAAAGCUGAAGUUGGAAAGAUAUAUAUAUAUAGGGCGCCAAGUGAAUGUUCGUAAACUUGCGUUUUCAGUAUUAUCUAGUCGCAGAUGGAGCAUCUUAUCACUUGUUUUUAAUAAUAUAUAUAAAUAUAUAUAUAGAUUAUAUAUAGAUAUAGAUAUAUUAAGCGAACUGCAAUCGCGGGGAGCGGCUGUUUUUUUUCUUCGCUCCUCGUCCGAUGUGCUUGUUCUCUUACUGCAACACAUGUUAAUUGCAUUUUAAAAAUGUAUAAAGAUCAUUCAAGCUUUGUAUAAAUGUAUUGUACAUAUAUAAGACGAAAGUUGUAAUUAUAACACAGACCAACAGA